AUGGCCGACCCGGAGGGAUUGGAAGAGGAUCUUUUCGCUGAUCUCUACGAUGCCGACGAAUCGACAAACCGCACUACUUCUGCGGUAGAGGCGCCCAAGCCUGCAGAACCCGCUCCAGCAGUUCCUGCACCACCUGCCGCGGAGUCAACCCCGCAAACCUAUGAUCCUUCGCCAGUAGACACAUAUGCGACACAGUCUCAUUCGCAGCAGAGUUAUGGUGGGGAUUACCAGAACGGCUCUCAGAGCGCUUACGCUGCCCCCGCAGCACCUGCCCCCGCAGAGAAUGAGUCUCACGGAACGGGCAUCAAAGAAGAUGGCAAAAUGUUCAUCGGUGGUUUGAACUGGGAGACUACAGAUCAAUCUCUGCGUGAUUAUUUCUCGCAAUUUGGAGAUGUUCAGGAGUGCACUGUAAUGCGGGAUAGCGCCACAGGUCGCUCUCGUGGUUUUGGUUUCCUGACUUUCCGUGACCCUAAGACUGUGAACACCGUUAUGGUGAAGGAACACUACCUGGAUGGCAAGAUUAUCGACCCCAAGCGUGCCAUUCCCCGUGAUGAGCAAGAAAAGACCAGCAAGAUCUUCGUCGGCGGUGUCAGUCAAGAAGCGACAGAACAAGACUUCAAGCAAUUCUUCAUGCAAUUUGGACGCGUCGUGGAUGCGACCCUUAUGAUCGACAAGGACACUGGUCGCCCCCGUGGCUUCGGCUUCGUGACAUUCGACAGCGAAACCGCGGUGGAGAAUGCCCUUUCCCGCCCCCUUGAAAUCUUGGGUAAGCCCAUCGAAGUGAAGAAAGCCCAGCCCCGCGGUAAUCUGCGUGACGAAGAUCGAGGAGGUCGCCGAGGUGGCCGAGACGGAGGAGGUUAUCGUGACAACAUGAGCCAUGGAAGCGAAAGUGCCCCCCAGCAAGGUGGUCAGCAAGGCAUGGCCGGUGGAAUGACACCUCAGAUGAUGGCACAGUACUGGCAACGCAUGCAGCAAUACUUUGCCAUGAUGCAACAGCAGAUGGCUAUGGCAGGCCAGGGCCAGCCCCAGGGAAUGCCCGGUGCCAUGGGCAUGGGUGGCAUGAACCCUGCCAUGCUCCAGCAAAUGCAACAGAUGCAACAAAUGCAGCAGAUGAAGGCCCAGCAGCCACAGGGCAACAUGAGCCCCAACCCUCAAAGCCCAGCCCCCUCCCACUCCCCGAUGCCUAACAUGAUGAACCCCGCCAUGAUGCAACAGAUGCAGAACCAGGGCCAAGCACAAGCGGCUCCAGCUGCUGGUAACGGAGGUGCCAGCCCGGGCCCCAAUGCCGCUUACCGCCAGCCUGGCGGACCCGGCUACAACGCCCAGGAGCAGAUCGCCUUUGAACAGCAGAAGUACGAGCAACAGCAGGUCCGCCGCACCAUGGAGAACCGCGCUUUCUCUCCUUACCAGCAGGGCGGUCCAACUUCGUGGGAAGGCAUGUACGACGAAGUGCCCCAGCCCAACAACCCCGGUGGACAAGAUGGAGGACCGGGUUCCCAGGUCCAAAGUGCUGCUCCCGCCAACGCCCCUACAGGACCGCGAAACGCCGGUAAGCCCGGUGCAAACUACCGUGGCGGUGGCCGAGGAGGACAAGGACACCGCGGCUUCCACCCUUAUUCCCGUUAA